AUGAAUGGUGAUAUUAAGAACGAUAUAAUAAAAAAUUUGCCUUUUAAAUUUACUAAUAUUAAUUUAAUUAAUUCUGAAAAUAAAGAAAAAAAAAUAGAGAAAGGAAGUUAUAAUGAAGCACUAGAUGGAAAGGAAUAUGAGGUGUCAAAAACUAAAUUGAAAUAUAUUAAGAAAAAAGACGAUGAUAAAAAAUUGAAUUUUUUUAAGGAAGAAUUAAAAUUUUAUUAUAAUGAAGAAAUAGACAAUUGUGAACGUAACUUAAAUUAUAAAAAAAAUGAUAAUUUUACAAAUAGUUUAGAGAAGGAGAGUUUUAAAAACUAUUUAAAAUUAAACGGAAAUACUAUAUUAAAUUUAAAAAAAAAAAAAGAUAAAGAGAAUGUAAAGCCAAAUGAAAAAAAAAAAAAAAGUGACAAUAAUGAGAAAUAUAAACAAGAAGAUAUAGAAGACAAUAAUUAUGAAUACUUAAAAUAUUAUUUAAACUCAGAAAAAAUAAUUGAAAAUAUUGCAUUAAAUAAAGACAUACAAAAAAAAAAUAAAUUAAAAUAUAAAAUGCAUAAUUUGUUAAACUUUGAAAAUUCAAAUUGUUGUUCCUCCAUUAAUGUAUCAAAUAAAUAUGAUAUAAAUUCUCAAAAUGAUAACAAUAACAAGGAAAAGAAUUUUGAUGAUUCUUUAUUUUCAUCUUUUAAUUUAGAAAAUAAUUCUCUUUAUAAAAAAGUAUUUAAAAAAGAAGAAAAAGAAAAAAAAAAAAAAAAUUAUAUUUUCGCAGAAAAUGAUAUUGAUUUAAGUCAAAACGAUGAUAUUUUUUCAAGAGAAGAUAAUGAAAAAAUAAAUUUUUCAUUUAUUUCAAAUAAGCAUAAAGAAGUAAAUGUUGAUAAUUCUUAUAACGAAGAUGUAAAAAAUGUAAAUGAUAUAGAUUUUUGCAAACAACUAGCAAGCCCAUAUAAUGAUAAUCAAACUUCAAUGAACCAUAGUGAUAAUUUAAGUAAUUCAGAAGAAAAAUGGAAUCUUUUUGAUUCAUUUAAGGAAAUAUAUAACAAUCACAAUAAGAAAAUGAAACUUAUAGACUAUAACAAAAUACUAAAUAAAAGUUUUUAUAAAAACGUUCAUAAUAUUGAUAAUAUAAAUAAUAAAAAAAAAAGAAAAAAGAAAAAGACAAAAAUAGAAAAGGACUUAUAUAAUAAAAAAACAUCUGAACAUAAUGUCAAAGAAAUUAUUAAAAAUAUUAAAAAGCGUCUAGGAUUUUAUUCAAAUGAAGAAAGUGAUAAAGGAAAGAAAAAUGAUAAUAUAAAGUUUAAAUUAACCAAUAGAAAUAUAAGCAAUGAAAAUUCUAAUAAAACAGAUUCAUUUUGUUUUUAUAAUAAUGAAAAUAAUCCCAAUAAACAACCAUUAAAUAUGGAAAAUCAUUUUUCGUUUUCAAAAAAUAAUUUUAAUGGUGUAGAUAGUAAUAAAGAAAAAAAAAAUUUUAAAAAAAAUACUUCUUUCAAUAAUUCUAUUAAUAGUAACUUACUAAAUUAUCAUAGUUUUGUUUCAGAUGAUUUUAAUUUAACAAAUGAUAAAUACAGUAAUUUUUCUAAUUUUAAUUUUAAUGAAAUAAAAGAAAAUGCUUUCUCAGAUAAAAACAAAAUUGAUAGUGAUGAUGAAGAUUUAUUUUCUCUUUCUACUUCUUCAACAAAGUUUAAAAGAAUUUUUCAUCAGGCAUUAAAAAGAGAUGAAGAAAAGGAAAGAAAAUAUGAAGAAAAAGAAAAUGAAAAAAUGUAUGAUGAGAGUGAAAAAGAAGAAAAAGAAAAUGAAAAAAUGUAUGAUGAGAGUGAAAAAGAAGAAAAUGAAAAUGAAAAAAUGUAUGAUGAGAGUGAAAAAGAAGAAAAUGAAAAUGAAAAAAUGUAUAAUGAGAAUGAAAAUGAAGAAAAAGAAAAAAAAAAAAUGUAUGAUGAGAGUAAAAAAGAAGAAAAAGAAAAUGAAAAAAUGUAUAAUGAGAAUGAAAAUGAAGAAAAAGAAAAUGAAAAAAUGUAUGAUGAGAGUAAAAAAGAAGAAAAUGAAAAAAAUUAUAAAAAGAAUGAAGAAAAAGAAAAUAAAAGAGAAGACAAAUAUGAAAAGGAUGAAGAAAAAGAAAAUGAAAAAGAAAAAUAUGAAGAUAAUGAAAAUAAAAGUAGAAUAACUCACAUAAUUGAAGAGGCAUAUGAACAAAUUCGUUCUAAUGAAGAUAAUGACAAAGGUCAAAGUAAAUUGAUCACUUCUGAUUUUUUAUACACUGAUGAAAAAGUAAACAGAGAAAGUAUUAUACAUAAAAAUGGAAUAUUAAAAACAGAAGAUGAAGAAGAAAAAUUAGAAGAUUACACUGAUUUAUUAGAGGAAGACAAUAGCAAAAUGAACUCAAUAGAAAGUAAAUAUAAAAAAAAGAAUAUAAUAUGUAUAUGUGAUAGUUUAGAAAAAUACAAAAUAGAAAAUUUAAUUAAUAAAACAAAAAAUAAGGUAGACACAAAUACCUAUGAUUAUUCAGAGUAUGAUGAAUAUUUAUCAGACUUAAAUAAUUUUAUAUGUAAUAACAAUAUACAAAUAGACGACAAUUCAAUUAUGUGUGAUGAAAAUAUAAACGUAGAAAAAUUUUCUCAUAAAAUAGACGAUUUUAUGCAAUAUAUAUUCGAAAAUCAGAUAAAACAUCUGAAUAAUUUAAUAACUAAUAUUUUUUCUUGA